AUGGGAAACACAUCUUCAUGCGCACCAUUGAUCAUAUCAUCAAACUCAUCAUCAGUAGUAGUCAGAAUCUUAGCUCCUUUCACCGGAACUCUUGACGUUUUCUCAAAACCCAUCAAAACUUCCGACAUCGUCUCUCGAAACUCCGGCAACUUUAUCACCGACUCAACUUUGCUCCAAAUCGGCCACCGAGUCACCGCCGUGUCUCCCGACGAGUUUUUACGGCCGAGACGACAUCUUUACCUUCUCCUUCCGACAGACAUGCUCUUCUCUGUCUUAACACUCGAAGAACUCGCUCUUAUCUCGGACAAAGCCGCAGAGAUACUCAAUGAAAGCCGGUAUAACCAUUUGAAGAGAAUAUUUCCGGUUUGUAUGUUUCCGAUGACCGGAGAUAGAAGAAGAAACUCAUCAUCGGUUAAUGAUGAUGAUCAUGAUGGUGUGGAAAUAAGAGAAACCUUAGAAGAGAAGGUACUAUACGAAUCCAAACAUGGAUCUUGGAGGCCUGUAUUAGAGACGAUCGUGGAGAGCUAA